AUUACUCUUGUUCUCUUGUAGUGAAAGCAGAAGCAGAAGCAUUGAGAGUGAGAGGACAAAGAGCAGGACUGACACCAACAAGAAACUACUCGGUACUAUUGUGGACGAUGGUGAUCGCAAUUUAAGGACGAGAAUAAAAAGAUGAAGACUUCUCUAGUCCCGGGAGUCGUGGUGCUUACCUUCGCGGCUCGCGUCGCAUUCGUCCUGGCGGAUAAUGUAUUUUUUCCGAGAACGCAUUUUCCUGGGGCAUUGGAGUCGAUAUCAUUAUAGCUUCUAAACGGAACGAGCCACGCCCAAGCAUCGCGGAUUGUCGGGUUCGUCUUCUGUACGAGGACUUGCUGGCGCUUUAGCUGUGGACAAGGGACUUGGCAGAGGAGGCUUUUCACGGUCGUCUCCAAGUCUAGUGCAGAAGGGACCAACAAGAAGACGAGAACGACGAUCAAGCCGACAACUAUGAAGCCGCAGCAACAGCAGAUGCAGAAGAUGACUUCGAUCAUGAUAUUCGCGAUCCUUUAAUAGCUUUAACCCAUCUAAUGCAUCUAGUGCACCUGAUAUUGGAGGUGGAAGAAGCAGGAGCAGAACUAAGUACAUAUCGAACCGAAAUCCUUACAGGACUCAGACCACAAGGGCCGAGUCUGAAGCCCAUGGCAAAAGACUGGGUGGGAAGGACGAAGGCAAAAGACUGGGCUGCCCGUGGGAGACGGCUUCCCCACCUUCCACCGUCUCUGGAGUUCUCCAUUGGAGGUGGAAGAAGCAGGAGCAGAACAGGAAUGCGUUCUCUUGCGGCAGGUUCAAGGACAGGUAAUGAUCUAGUAACUGUACUAGUAAUCUAGUAAUCUGUCUUCAUCAUCAUCAUCUCUGAGUGGUCGUGGUGGACCUUCUUCUAAAUCGGGAACCAGUAGCAUGAAAAGGUCUUCGUCUUCUUCUACUACCUCCGCGUGUGCAAGAGUAGAAAACUUCCCCACAUGCGCCAAAUUCGACAGGACAUCUUGGGGGAUUGCAGAAGUAGAACUACACAUUCGAAUAGGAGCGCUGGACGUGGACGUGGUAGUCUAGUACAAGAAAAAUUGACGUUACGAUGGACAGGACACCUUGAAGUUGAACAAGGUGCUUAAACCUAUUGGAAAGUCCUCUGACAAACUUGAUCACCUGACUAGCGUUGGCUACUGAAACCGACCCUGAUCAUGUUACCAACUAGGGGUCACUUCUAGAAUUCGCUGCCGAUUUUUUUUUUCUACCCACACUCAGUUCUUGUGAAAGACUAUGUUGGAAUCUCAAACCUAAAACCUAAGAAUGUAGUUUGGGUGGAAGGUUGAUGAAUCGUCGAAGUUCGAGCCGUGUCGUCAACUGACAGCGGUUUCCCUUGAAUAAUCUCACUUGCACUCUGUUUGCACGAUGAAUUGACAUCCACAAUAAGAAAAUAUAUGGCCAGUUUGUUCGUUUUCUACUUGAAGAAAUUUUCUGAGUAUGAUAUGCGGCUAUUUUUCUCGGUAUGAUAUAGGGGCGUUCCUCUCCAUCCCCCGAACUGUUCUAAAGACGAAAUUCUGCAAGCGAACGGUGUACUAGAAGGAUCACACAUCAUAGUAGGCCAUUAUAUGUCGGAAGCGCAUCCCGAUUUCGCUGCUUUUCUUCGUGCAGAAAGGGAAACUACAGAUGAAAAUUCGCAGCAGGAUAAGGAGGCAAUAGACGCACGUCGCGGUUACGCUAGUAAAACCACCCUCGAAAUAACAAAAAUCUGUUUUCCGUUUCGAUAUUAUUAACUAACAUCCUAGAGCACAAGUAGCACAAGACGACCUUGUUCAACAAGUCAAGAUCACAUCUUUACAACUUCAGCUGCAGCGUCGAUUUCACCAAGUUCUAAGUUGCAUUUCACACAACUUCGGGAUAUACUCUUCUGAGACCAUUCUUUCCUCAGGGGAUGACUUUGUGAACAGCCUUGAGAACAACAACAAGCAUGCCACAAGUAAAAGUACACUCCCUAUAGCCUCAAGUUCCCGGGUUCUUAUACAAGACAGCCAUGACAUUUUCUUGCUUAUCUGGGCAGAAUCCUUAGAAGCAAUUUUCAGUCGCAGUAGUAGCGAACUGUACGCACAUGUUCGCAAACACCUUGCGCAUCCAUUGUUGCAUCAACAUAGUUGUAACAGUUGGAAUGUGGAAAUUUAUUUGCAAUCUGUAUGUCUGCGAAAAGUAAAGGGUUGUCACAUGAAAAAGCAAAAA